AUGUUCCGGCUUCUCGUCCUCCUUGUUCUCUCCGUUUCUCUUUUUGUUUCUUGCAAUGGGCAUCCCUCUGCAACCAAUCGGAUUGUACUGGGAAAUGCGGCCCAAGGAGAUUGCUAUGAUAUUGACAUAAUCGAUUCCAGCUAUUGGCCUGAUGACUAUGGGCCAUGCACGGACCAUGGGAUAACCUUCAUCUACCGAACUGCUGGAAGUGACCAAGUGGCCCUUGAAUAUGCUGGUGAGGGAGGAUACGACUUUGUGGGUGACGAAUCUAUGUUUCUAGUGAGCUUCAAAGUCUACGUUUUCACGGGAUGCGAGGAAGAUUCCUCUGAUGCUGAUUGUGAAAUCUAUGUCAUCAAGGACCAUGACACCAACAAAACUGGAUCAUGUAAUUCAUGCCGGAUGGAAGGUGCCACUGCAAUUCUUGAAGAAUGUGGAGACAUCGAAGAUUUGUUUGCAAGUUCUGGUUUGCCUCUCCAAGUGGAGAUUGGAAGUGAUGACUAUGACACACAAUUCAUCCCAUUGGCCAACAGCAGGUGCGAGGGUUUUUCUGCAUCGCAAGCGACCACAAUUGCUGACCCCACCCCUGCCCCUUCUGGAGGACUCAGAGGAGGAAAAGAGCACACAUCUUUGACCUUCAAGGUUUUCAUGACGUUUCUCUUCGUUCCAAAUGACGGUCAAACACCAGAUGCUGAAGAGGCAGAGGAGCUUUUCGGUGUGGUUCGUGCGUUCUUCAAGGCAAGAUACCAGGAGAGUCCAAGCUUCCAACAGUGUGGGUUUCAAGACUUGCUUGUCUCCAACCUGGUUCAUGAGUCUAUAAGUGCUUCUGGAGACUUUGAGAUCAGCUAUGAUGCAAUGAUUGUCAUUGGAAAGGGCUGUGCUGCCAACAAACGUGAUGCUAUGAAUGUGGUUGCCAAUAAACAGCACCUGAACCGUUUUAUGAAUGAACUUGCCAGUGCCAGUCAGCAGGGAGAGCUCCAAAGCAAAGUCUUUUCCCUUGCGCAAAGUGUAAAGGUGCGGGUUGUUGGCCAUGGAGCCUCCUAG